AGGCUCGGCCGAGCUGAGGCGGCGGCGCCCGUCCGCGCAGCCCGCUCGCCGCCGCCGCUGCCGCCGCCGCCUGGCCCUCACGAUGAUGAAGAAGAAGAAGUUUAAGUUUAAGGUGGACUUCGAGCUCGAGGAGCUCUCCUCGGUGCCCUUCGUCAACGGGGUCCUCUUCUGCAAGAUGCGGCUGCUGGACGGCGGCAGCUUCACCGCGGAGUCCUCCAGGGAGGUGGUGCAAGCAAACUGUGUUCGCUGGAGAAAGAAGUUCUCAUUUAUGUGCAAAAUGAGUGCCAGUGCCUCCACUGGCAUCCUGGAUCCUUGUAUCUACAGAGUGUCUGUACGGAAGGAAUUAAAAGGUGGCAAAGCUUAUGCAAAGCUGGGCUUUGCAGAUCUAAACCUGGCGGAGUUUGCUGGAUCAGGAAAUACCACCCGUCGCUGUUUACUGGAAGGCUAUGAUACCAAAAAUACAAGACAGGACAAUUCCAUUCUUAAAGUUUUGAUCAGUAUGCAGCUGAUGUCUGGUGACCCAUGCUUUAAAACGCCUCCCUCCACGUCCAUGUCAAUACCCAUCGCUGGGGAAUCCGAGUCUCUGGAAGAGGAUAGAAAAGGCGGGGAGACCCUCAAGGUGCAUCUCGGAAUAGCAGAUCUUUCAGCAAAGAGUGCCUCUGUUCCAGAUGAACUUGGUGCCUGGGGACAUUCUAGAACAUCAAGCUAUGCAAGCCAGCAGUCCAAAGUAUCAGGGUACAGCACAUGCCACUCCCGGUCAUCCAGCUUCUCCGAGUUCUGCCACAGGAGAAAUACCUCAGUGGGAAGCACGUCGACAGGAGUGGAAAGCAUUCUGGAGCCAUGUGAUGAAAUGGAGCCGACCACGGCGGAACCAAACCCUGACACCGCCGACAGGGAGGAAGACGCCUCGGAGAAACUCCCCAGGUGCCCGGUGAAGCAGGAUUCUGUUGAGUCUCAGCUGAAGCGGGUUGACGACACCAGAGUGGACGCGGAUGACAUUGUGGAGAAAAUCCUGCAGAGUCAGGACUUCAGCCUCGACUCCAGUGCAGAAGAAGAAGGCCUGAGGUUAUUUGUGGGGCCUGGAGGAAGUACAACCUUUGGCAGCCAUCACCUUCCGAACAGGGUAGGAUCUGGAGCCUAUGAGCAGGUUGUGAUCAAACGCUAGAGGUGCCGCCAGCAGACAGAAGCUUCCCUGUGUACGUGAGGUGUGGACAACAGGUGUUUCACGGUGUUUAGGUCAAGCAUGUAAGAAAAACAAUGAACCUGUUUUCAAAGUGCAGUUCAACUGUGAAGAGGAAAGCCGUGCUGCUUCCUUCUCAAAGCAUCCCACCAUCAUUCCAAGCCACUCAGCCACUGAGGGAGCACGUGAAUGGAGGCGAAGGCCUGGCCCGGGGUCAGCACCCAGUCUGCUUUUACUUUCAAGGCACCUCAGAGGAAAACGACAUCAGGACACAUCUGAGUGUGAUUCUGGUAUUCCAGUGUAAAAAUGCAAGGCAGGGGUGCUCAAAAGGUCUGGGCUCAAAAGCUCUGUUUUUAAAUGUUACAUUUAGGAGACAGUAUGUGAGGUCCAUUUAACCCCAUAAAUGCUAUCAAAAUAAUUAUAAUUCCUAUUAAGUAAAUCUUCCAUGUCCUACUACAUAUAGCAUUGAACUAAGUGUAUUAACUCCUUUUAUGCAAUAAUUGACAGAAAGUAUCCGUGCUUUGGGAAAAUGUUAUCACUUAAACAUUUUAAAUACUUCAUAAUUCUAAACAUAUCGGACAUAAGUCAAAUGACAGGUGUAUCCAAGUCUGAGAUAGUUGGAUGGAAAGAAAGCUUUGAAUAUUCGAUAUAUAUUGUUCCUUGUCAUUAAUAUUAGAUACACUACAAAAGCCCCAGCAGCACUCCGUAAGAGCCAAGUAAGCUUAAUAAUCAGUCUGUUAGGCUACCAGGGGCAAGCUAGGAGAAAAGCUGAUUCAUUAUCCAUUCAGUACUAAGACUUGCUGGUCUCAGCAGUCAGAUCAGAAGGAAGACCGUAAGAUGAUCAGAAAAAUGGCACCCUUCCUAAGGAAGCCAGACUUCCGUGAGCUGACACUUACCACUGUGUUAAUGGAUAGACGUCUGAGCAGCUGCUGGAUUUCACCCUGGGGACCGGCGCUUUUCUGUCUUACCCCCUUUGACCAGAGAUUGUUUUCUUUACUGUGUCAGAAUUUAGCUGUUUGAAGCCAGAGUAGACUGUGACAUACCUCUAAUACAGCUUUUAGGGUACAAAUAUCUAGUCUGGAUCCAUGUUAACAGCACAGCACACAAGUUGUAGUUUUUCUGGUUUUGACAGUAAUCCUGUGGAAAGAGCUAAACUUCCCUUUGUUGAAGAGAAGCCUGAGGUGGGCACAGAGCCAGCAAUGCCCCAGGCCUCACCUGCACAAUCAUGUCUGAGGACACAGUAGGUCAGCACAGAAUUACUCUGACCAAAACCUUUUUAUGUUGACAAAAGGAGGAUAGAGUUAUACAAUGUUUGAAUAUCCAGAUUGGGAAGUUUGGAAAAAAGUGGAAUUGUUCGUAUUAGAAUUUUUACUUUAAUAUCUCAAGAAUUAGGUAGUCUACAUUAAUCCAAAACUAUUUUUACAAGUACAUGCUGAAUUUUUUAGAAAGAUGACACCCUGUUUUAGAAUAUUUUGAAUACUAAAAGAAAGGAUUUUCUGAAUCAUGUGAAGACAUAUUUGGAGGUUGGGACAUUGGCGUGAACAUAUUUACCAGGGAAGAUGUUAUCUAAAUAGGUGAAGACAUGCUGUCUGUUUUCAAGUGAGAAGAUCCAUUGUAUGUUACAAAAAGAUCAAAGAAAGUUUUAACUGCAAAUAAUGGAGGUAUUACUUAGAUAAGUUUAUUCUGACAAUUUUAAAAGCAUAUUUUUCUAUUUUAAAAAUAAUUUCUAGGCUAUAUUUUUAUUGGCACUUCUGCAAAUGAGUUUGGAUUCUAAAGGUGAUAAUAGCUGGAUUGUGAGCUUGGUUCACGGAGGCUACUUGUCAGACACACACAAGGUGCUGUGAUCAGGAAAGAGUUGCUACGAUACAGAAUCCUUUUUUUUUUUUUUAGAAAAAUAAAAUGUGUGGGUCGGUAGUGUUUGCCAAGACUACACAAAGCCCUGGGUUAAAUCCCCAGUACCUAAACUCUGCAUGGUGGUGCACAUCUGUCACCCCAGCACUGUGGAACUGGAGGCAAGAGGACCAGAUGUUUAAGGACAAAUUCUUGGCUCCAUAGGGAGUUGAGGGCCAAAUGAGGCUGUAUGAUACCCUAUCUCAAAAAGGAAAAAUAAAAAUGUGAAGAGAUCUUGAAAAUUGUAGAAAAUUAUGCCUUUUUAAUUUUAGCAGCUACUAAAUAAUCUUGAUUUACAUAUUGUUAAGUAAUAAAACAAUCACUUAAUAAGUAGAAGCAUUGAGUUGGAAGGGGAAAGGCUAGCUGUGACUCUAUAGUCCGCAGAAAUCUGAACUCUCCUCCCCUGGUGUUCUGGGGUCUGUCCUGCACUCAUAUUUCAGUACAGUCUGAUCAGAAUGUGAAGGGUUGCCUGAGUGUCUGCCUGUCUAUUCUUUACUUUCUGCAGGGCAUCUAUUGUCAGUCUCUCAGCCACAAGGCUCGUUUCAAAGCUGUUUGCUGAGUGCCAAGUCUACUUUUAAUUCUGCCUUGAGUUUAGAAAACAAUAGAAAAAUGGAGUCCUAACAAAUUAUUUUUUUACUAUUUAGCUCAAAUUUUCAAGUCCAAUCUUGGAGAAUUUUGUAGGGAUGAAUUGUUUUCUUCUUCUGUGCUAGAGAAAAGACCACCUGCACUCUUUAGAGCUAGUACUUGUGAUGAGAAGGAAGCAUCUAACCUGCCUUGUUCAGAAGAAUGCACAGGAGAGCUUCUCCUGCGACAGGCUGGCGACAAGACUGUACAGGAUGUGCAGCGUAGGAAAAGGCAGAGAAGACCCUGAGCCAUCGAUUUACACUUGAAUGUGGGCUCCCUUUUGUGGUGGUAUUAAAGGCUUCUGAGUGCAAACCACUAACGUAGAUUAACACUUUUGAUGUUAAAGGCUUGACCAACAACCCUAAAUUCCACCAUCUCAUUCCAGCAUAAAUCCAUGAGAAUAAUAUCCAAACUAGAUUCUUCUGUAUAUGUUUUUGUUUUUUUUUUAGUUUGUUGUUAUUGUUCUUUUUGUAUAAAACUGUGAGCCACAGAAGUUGACCACCUAACUCCUUUGUUACUAUAAGGAAAAACAGUAUCUUCAACUAAUCUCUAUUCUAAACAGAUUCAAAUCCCAGCUCACACCUGUAAUCCCAGCACUUGGGAGGUUCAGGCAGGAAGAGCUCUGAGUUCAAGGAUAGCCUGGGUUAACUAAUCUACUUGAGUUCAAGGGCAGUCUGGGCUCCAUGGUAAUCAUGAGCCCAAAAUGAGACCCUGACUCAAAAAACAUUUUUUUUCAAAUCAGAUAAUUUUGAUGUCAAAGCAUCCAGAAGCAAUUCCAGACUCUCAGAUUUCCAUGUUAAAUAAACCACUUUUGAAGUAUAAACUGACAGUUUCACUAAACAUUUCACUGAAGCACUCCUGAAACUGUAGGCUUCCGUGUUUAUAACAAAUCUCUGAGAGAGGCAGUAGGCUCACAUGACGGGAUUGUAUUGUUUUCUUCACAAGUCUUUCAUGUGGGCGUCUUAGAAAUUCAGUUCUCUUAGAUGGUACAUCCUGUGAAUAUCAUCAAGUAGGGUAGCUGAGACUGCGUCAGGCCACUGUACAUACUGGCUUAGUUAGGUACUGUGCAUAAUGUUAGUAGUUGAGCUGUAAGAAUGAAAUUUUCCUUUUGUAAGCCUAAGUUAAGACUACCCUGGAAAUAAGGCCUUAUUCCCUUCUUCAUGUGAUUUUCAUCAGAAAAUGCAGACACAAACUAUCUUAAAUGGUAAUAGGGGAGGUCUCCCCAUACAACAAAGCUGAUAAACAUUUUGAUUUACAGUGUGUUCUGUAUUUUCAAAUGUGUACGUUUAUCUUACAUAAUUCUUUCACCAAUAUUCAUUGGCCAAAUCAAUGUAAGGAAAGACAAACUAUAGAAGAAUUUGAUUAAUUUUGACAAUAUGUCUUGAGGAUUACCUUCCUCUAUAUUAUUUCAAUCAUUUGGAGGUUUACACAGUGUUUAUGAAGAGUGUUAUUAAUAGCUGAGGAAUAGCUCAGUGGUAAGGAACAUUCCAACAUGUGCAAGACCUGGGAUUGGCCCUUACCACUGAACAAAGAAAAUGAAGUGACUCUGUCAGUAUUCUAAUACUUGGAGAAUGACCUUCAUAGUUAUAUAUUUUAUGUCUUAUGUUUUAACUAUACAGUGAUAAAAUCCAGGAAAUGUUUUAUAACAAAAUAAAAUUUUGUUUGUAAAAUGUUUGUAAUAAUGUAAAAGUGAAUCUUAUACAUGUUCAAUAAAAAGCAGUAUCUCUAAAGUCUA